AUGGAUGGGCUUUUGAUUCAGUUAAGCAUUUGGGUUGGGCUCAUCAAUGAUUCUCGAUUUGCGGCGUUACACUCAGACCCUAGAUUCCGUGAACCGCCACAGAAAAAGUCGAAAGUCACAAUUGAUUCUAGAUUUAACCGUAUGUUCACUGACAAAAACUUCACAUCAUCAAAAGCGCCCACUGAUAUUAGAGGCAAACCCCGUAAUAAAUCCUCCUCUAAUAACCCUCUUAACCAUUAUUACCACAUUCAGGAAGAAGAACAAGCAGCAGAGGAAGAAGAUGGUGAAAAACACAAGAGGCAGAAGGAGAAAUCAAAGCCCAUUACAUCUCCAUUAAUUAAGAAAAUCAAUGCCAAUCUUGGAAAAUCUGAUGAAGAAGUGAUAACUUAUACUUCUUUUGUACUUUGCAGCAGAUACCAUUACAAAACUUGCGAUGGGGUUGAGUUUGAAAGAACAUCAAACAAAUUAGAUUUGAGGUUUAUUCCAGAUUCCAUGGAAUUCAAGCAUCAACCACGUGACAUUGCAACAGAGGCCCCUGCAGAUUAUGAAGGUCUAGAUUUUCACACUCGAGCUCUGCAGCAUAGCAAUAUUGAACUUACUUGGGAUGAGGAUGAGCCACAGCACAUCAGGACCUUGAAGAGACAAUUCAAUGAUGAACAGCUUGCAGAUUUGGAGUUGAAAGAGUUUUUAGCUUCUGAUGAGAGUGAAAGUGAUGCUAGUGAGGAAGGUGAUGACAGAGAAGCUAAAUCUGCCAAAAGGAAGAAAAAACAAGAUACGUACCGUGCGUCGCUCCAGUCUGGGGAGGGUUCAGAUGGAAACGAUGAGGAAGAUGAUCAGGACAUGGAGGUCACAUUUAACACUGGCUUGGAAGAUCUAAGCAAACGUAUCUUAGAAAAGAAGGAUAAACAGUCAGAAACUGUAUGGGAAGCUUAUCUCAGAAAGAAAAAGGAGAAAAAGAAGUCCAGGAAAGGUAACUCCAAGGAUUCAUCAGAAGAUGAGAGCAGCGAUAGUGAUCAAGAACCUAUAGAUGAAUCUGAGGACUUUUUCAUAGAUGAGCCUUCUGCUAACCAGGAUAAGAGCACUAGGAAAGGGAGGCAGAGCCUUGAAGCAUCUGAAGAAGCUGAAGCAAGUAGAGCAGAGCUUGAGUUAUUACUUGCAGAUGACAAAGCAGGAGAUGCUAACUUGAAGGGUUACAACAUGAAACCUAAACGAUCAUGGAUCGUUUUUUCUCCCAAUACAACAGUGUGGAAGUCAGCUUGCUCUUACAUGGAUUAUUUUUCCCCCCAAUACAACAGUGGAAGCCAGUUUGCACACGCCUUGUCUAUUUCAUCGGAUACACGUGCUACCACCUCACAUAGGCUUAGGUUGAAAAACUCACCUAGCGUUUUGUCGAUGUCUUUGAUGGGAUGUAAAACUUGA